CUCUUCCAAUCUCAGCGCGGAAAAGAGAUUUCGAGUCGAGUUUCAAAGAAGAUAAAGAAAAGAAAAGAGCAAUGGCAACCAACGGUGCGAAUGCUGAGCAGAAAACCCAAGAAGGAGAACAGAAGAAUCAGAUAUUCCGGCAUCAGGAAGUGGGCCACAAGAGCCUCUUGCAGAGCGAUGACCUUUAUCAGUAUAUAUUGGAGACGAGCGUCUACCCUCGAGAGCCAGAGUCCAUGAAAGAGCUUCGCGAUCUGACCGCCAAGCAUCCAUGGAAUAUCAUGACCACUUCAGCUGAUGAAGGGCAAUUCUUGAAUAUGCUACUCAAGCUUAUCAACGCCAAGAACACGAUGGAGAUUGGUGUCUACACUGGAUAUUCUCUCCUCGCCACCGCCCUCGCUUUGCCAGACGACGGGAAGAUCUUGGCUAUGGACAUCAACCGCGAGAACUACGAACUCGGCCUACCCGUUAUCCAAAAGGCUGGAGUAGCCCACAAGAUCGAAUUCCGUGAGGGCCCCGCACUCCCGGUUCUUGAUCAAAUGCUUGAGGAUAAGAAAUACCACGGAUCAUACGAUUUCAUAUUCGUAGAUGCAGACAAGGACAAUUAUCUGAAUUACCAUAAGCGCCUGAUCGAUCUGGUGAAAGUGGGUGGUGUGAUUGGUUACGAUAAUACCCUGUGGAAUGGAUCGGUGGUGGCCCCACCAGAUGCUCCUCUUCGCAAGUACGUUCGGUAUUACAGGGACUUUGUUUUGGAGCUGAACAAGGCGUUGGCUGCUGAUCCAAGGAUCGAGAUCUGUCAGCUCCCUGUUGGUGAUGGCAUCACACUAUGCAGGCGCCUCAAUUGAAAUUUUUUUAAAUUGGAAUUAAAGUUCCAUUGAUCUGUAUCCAAUGGAUGUGUUUGUCUUCUUUUACCUUAUUUUCUUUUGAUAUUUCCCUUUUCUGUUACAUUCUUCUUUGAUAAUAUGUACGCAUGUGUGUAUCAGAGAGAGAAUGUUGUGAGAAACUGAGAAGCUAUGAUUAUGUGAAGGAAAAAUAAUCAAGGAUUUAUAAGAUGUUAUGUCAA